CUGGCCUUGUCUAUUGGCCACUGCCAUCCAGACCCUUACGCCCUUCAAAAUACACAUCAGUCUCCAUCAUCCUUCUUCAGUAGGGUGAAACUCAUUUUCCUUUCUUUCAAGAUAUCAAGAACUCUCCAGCGAUAGAAGCCGAUGGCCUGACAGGAAGCCUUUUGUGUCCAGGAUGGCAGGUCCUCCACCUCGUCAAACGAGUCACGCGUUUGCUCCAUUCAGGACCAGCAGAGGUGACAACGCAGAGAUGGACUCUCGGAAUUAUCGUCAUGAUCAUGGCAAUAGCUACGCAGCCAUGCCCUCUGCUUUGAACUGUGAUCAACAAGCUCCCGCGCCAAGGGCAGCUGCAACUGCUAUUCAGCAGUCUCCGUCCUCUACUGUUCAGCCUUUUUCAGGAUUAGUUCAAAACGGCUCAGUGGCACCUUCCGCUUCUCAUUCUCUUGAUCCUCGUAUCAAUCUUACAUCAACUGUGAGCUUUCCUGCUCAGUCUGGCAUCGUUCACAACAGCAUGGGUUAUGCGAGAGGUUAUGUCAAUCAUAGGGCAAACUUGGCUUAUGAGUCCUACUUGUCUGACGAUGAAGCUUGGAACGAUCGCUUCGGCAUGAAUUCCUCUUCUCACGUUCCUGCGCCAUCCCAAUAUGUUGGACCUAGCCCUCCUUAUUUUCGGGUGAACUCAUACCUUAGCUCGGCAUUUCGCGACGAUGGAUUUAGUGCUCCUCAUAACGCAGUGAACUCCUCUUACGAUGCUUCUCCAUCUCCCUACGUUGGGACUAAUCUUCCUCAUGACUGGCUGAACCCACUCACAAAUUCUUCGACGUACUAUCCUGGGGAGCUCAUUUCCGAUUCUGCUGGUGAAACAUUUCAUUCGGCACCAGGGAUAGCACGCAUCAACGAAGUGCCGCAACAAUGCAGUCAAAUGUUGUCAUUAACAUCCUCUUGUCCAUCCUCAGCUCCAACAAAUGCACUUCAUAGGAUUGAGGCAGUCGGAAAUUAUCCUUUGACGGCUCAUCGUACAGAUGAGAACAGACAUUCCUUUGCGGCCUCGAACCAGACACUGCCAACUAUACUCGGUUCUCAAGCCCUUGAAAAGUUGAGAAACGAGACAAAGAAUACCGAACCUUCCUUCCGGAUCCUCGUUCCUUCUGACUUGCAAGACACUCAUGAGCAAGAUGCUACCUACUCUCAUGGCAAGCGCAAAGCUCCACAACAGUUGGAUGCAAAUGCAAAGCGCAUAAGAGAAUCCAAACCGACACGGCUUCGAAAGGGAAGGGAAGUUGUUGCGAAAGUUCCAAUGGACGUUUGGCUUCAUAUCCUGUCGUUCUGUCCGCCACGCUUUUUGGCUCGUGCGCGGCGUAUCAACAAGGCCUUUCAUCACGCUCUCUCCUAUGAAUCUGCUUGGCGAGAGAAUCGACUUCAAUAUUAUGGUUCAGGGAUGCCCGGCCCUCUUCCGGGGAUGAAAGAAUGGGAUUACUCCAACCUGCUCGAUGGUGUUGGUUGUAUGAAUUGCGAGAAUACGAGGAUCCGCAAAUGCUACUGGGCAUUUCAGAAACGAUGGUGCUGGGCGUGCUUUAAUGCGAAGGUGAUGAAGGUGAGUGAAAUGGAAUCCUCUUAUAGAAACCUCGCGAUAGCCGUUAACAAUCUUCUUUACUUGCAGGAAAGUGCUGCUGCCGGAAUUCGUGACGCGUACCCUCGACUGAUGGAGUGCAUUCCUCAUGGUGUAAUUGAUUCUUGGGGAGGAUAUGAAAGUGCUGGAUUCUAUCCGCGCUCAUGGCAAAGAUCGGGCCAUUCGCGUCAAAGAGUGUUCCUCUGGGCCGAUUUUCUCUCUAUCUUGCACGAAUACAAGGAAUUCAUUGGCCAGGGGCUGGGUUCGACGGAAAGUAAAACUGAGGAGGAGAUCGAGCAGUGGUACAGCAUCAAAGAGGCGCAAGCCAAGGAGCAUUUGAGCAGGAUCCAGCUGAUUGAGGACUGGGUCGAAACGCGGUCCCGGGAAGAGAAGAGGCAGACCGCUGCCUGGAGGGGCUUUCGCGUUGAUUAUUUUACUGUUCGAGCCGUGGAGCUGGACCCACCAAUCACCGAGAGCGUGCUCCAGCUCAUGCCUGCUUUUAAGCGCGCGAUUGAAAUUGCAAAACCUCCGAGUCUGCGUUCUUGGGAAAUCUUGCUGCCAAAGCUGCUGCAGGAGCGUGAAGAGGCCGAAAGAGCGGAAUUGCAAAUCCGGCAGGCGCGGGAGAAUGUCGAAAUCACAAACCAGAGACGUGCGGGAUACGAGGCGCUUGCAGCUUCAAGGCUUCCAUUUUCAGCGCUUGAACAAGUCCGGCUCUUGGCGGUGGCCGAUCACGUCCUUGAAAGAUUACAGUCUUCCCACGUUCCUGAUGCUGACUUCAUCCUGGUGGCGCUCCGCAACGUGCGAGCUCUGUAUUACGAAUCCUGCAAUGUUGUCAGCAUUGAGAAUAGAUGGGCCCAUUAUAGGCUUUUGCUUGACGAUGCGAGGGGGGUCUACACCCUCAAAAUUAGUCCCCUCAUUGACAGCUGGGAUGACCCUGCUAGGAUCCGGGCAGCAAAGUUUUUGAAGUGUCCCGGCUGUGUCAGGAACGACAUUCGUCACCGGUUCACUUUUGAGGACCUAUUCCACCACAUCCAUGAGAAACACGCUUGCCACGUCGGAGAUUUUAGAAGACUGCGUGAGGAAGCGUUGCCGUCUGGACAUAUGUUUCCUUGGUGUACCAUUGAAUGGCCGGUCAAUUUACCCGCUCUGGCAGAGCAUCAUAACGCAACUGGCCGAUGGGAUCCAGAUGAUGACCGUCCCUACGUUCUUGCACCCAUUUCCCAUGACGAUGCUGGUGAAGGUGUGUCAGCUUUUGAGGGGCGUCGGCCUUCUUCGAUUAGCGGGAAUGCACCCUGGGACUUUGUUGAGAAUGUCGUCUACGCGGUGACACGACUUUUAAACGCUUCGCUCGCAACCGAAUUCAAAAGGCAGAUUGCCUUUGAGUAUGGCAUUCGCAAAAUGACGAUGGGUGGGCCCGUGCAAUUUAUGUAUUACUUCCAUCUCAUCCAUUCACUUGACAAGGUCUUGAUUACUCGCGGGCUUUACGAUGUGUUUAAUCACGUCAAAUGUGGCCAUUGUGUCUCCAGCCCCACGGCUCAACGGGCCAAAAAUUGGUCAAAAGCCCAUGGCUUUGGCGAGCUUAUUACUCAUUACUCGAGCACUCACAACUUGAAUGACUGGGAUAGAGAGCUUCUCUCUCUGCCCAGCGACAAGGAACUCAGUCAAGCUCUCCGGGCAUGCAGCUCUUCAUCGGACCCAGGCGCGCAAUUCGCCGUCGCCGUUUUCGAUGAACUCUUUCCCCUCACCCAUCAGGGAUGAUUAACUAUACUCUCACGAUCUAAUGGCCUCUGAAUUCUGCAGAAAAGCUUUCAGCGUUGUCUUGACUCGGCUUUUGCCUUGUCUCUUGUUUCGGUGCAUGCAUUAUUGCCUUUCUGCUGCAAUUUUCUUGAAUUGCAUGAUACCCCAUUGCGCGACAGUUACCAUGUUAAUUUGUCUUAUCAUGCGAGCAUCCGGGCAGGUCUAACUUUACUUCUUCGGCGUCGGAUGAUCUUCAUCAAUCUGUACAAACUUUUCUGAUAUGAACUGUUCUUACUUGUACUUUAAGCGCAAUGGUCAUUAUUCUUUCUUCCCAGGCAAGCGAUGGUCUAUAGGGGAGAGCCUGGGCCCAUAAGAUCGGGAGAGUUAUCUAAUAUCAGACGUUGAAAUUUAUUAACAAUCAAUGGAAUCGAUU